AUGGGGUCUCAGACAGAGACGGUGAUGAUGGCGGAGACGUUGACGGUGCUGUGUAACACGGGCGGCCUCGAACAGAUCCCGCUGCGCCAGCUGCCGGCGACAGUGGAGAACCUGGCGCUGACCAAGAACAACUUUCCGAUCAUCAAGCCGGACUCGUUCGCCGGGCUGAGGGCGCUGAAGAAGCUGUCGCUUGACGGCAACAACAUAACACGGAUCAAGCAGUUCGCCUUCCGGGGACUGCCGCGGCUCAAGGAGCUCUCCAUCCAGUAUACGCCACUCCAGACGGUGGCACAGUUCGCAUUUGCUGGACUGCAAAACCUGUCGACCAUUCUGCUCAGCCACAACCAGAUCCAGCGGAUCGAGGGCAAUGCCUUCGCGGGGACGUCAAACAUUAAGCUGAUACUCCUGACAAACAACCCGCUGAUCCGCAUCGACAGCUCGGCCUUCUCCAGCCUGACGAAUGUGGGACACCUGAUCCUGCCGUCGGGCAUUCGGAGCAUCGAGCAGGAUGCCUUCUUCGGUAUGGAUGCAGUGGGGCUGUUGAAGUUGGCCUACAUGGACCUCAAGGAGAUCGCGCCCUUCACCUUUCGUGGCCUGUCCAACGUUCUGCUGCUGACAUUGCAGGAGUCCGACUUGGGCGUGAUCUGUGCAGACGCUUUCACGGGCCUCACCCAGGUGGACACUCUGCAGAUCCUCAACAAUAAGAUCGACUCUAUCGAGGAGCUUAACUUCACCAGUACGGCGGCCAUCAAGCACCUCAAGUUCCACGGCAAUCACGUGCUGGAGACACCCGACCCGAACGCCAUCAUCGUGGACGGGGUGGAUCAUCUGCAGCUGAUGAACAACCACUUCCCCUGCGGCUGUCACAUCCACACCCUGCUGGACGGGCCCCUGGCCGAGGGGGCCUACAACCUGAGCGACUUCCUCCAGAAGAACUACUGCAUCUCGCCGCUGGAGGUGAACGGACGCGUGAUGAGCGAGCUGGACAUCGACUCGAUUGGCCGCUGCUCCGACCAGCUGACCAAGGGCAAUCUGGGCAGCUCCGCCGCCUCGCUGGCCCUCAGCAUCAACUCCAUGUUCCUCAUAGCCGCCGCCAGUUGCGUGGAGUGGCGCCAUGUCCGGUUCCUGGCCACGCGGCUCGUCCAGCUCCUCGGUCAUGUGGCCUGGCGACGGCGACGGAAACGGCGGAAGGGCAACUAG